AUGCCUUCAGCAACAGGAACUCUCAAGAAGAACGAAGAAGGUGCCAUCCGAGGCCAAUUUGCAGUCGACGGAUCUACUUAUUUCUUCGUCGGCACUCUCCUCACUCCCAUUUCUUCGUUCGGCAUUUCAAAUGCCCGUAUCACGUACAAAUCUACCGAACAGCUUCAGGAACAGCCUAUAAUGUUUGAGGAAAUUCCUAUUCAAAAGGACCAUAUUGAGUUCAGGUUGCAGAAUGGUGUUCAGGUGUCCGGGUUUUUCGACGAGCCAUUCGGUGAUGAAGCUGUGAACGAUCAGAUUUUUGUUGCGGGUGGCGCGGCUUGGAUGCAUAUGGAAUCAUAA